CCACAGUAACGGCUGCAUGACUGAGCUCUGACUACAACACAGCCUUGCAAGUGAAUGUCGCUUAAUACUCACAACAACCCACACAGUUCCCCACAAAGGAAGUGAAUUUGGAGAUGGCCAGCAGCUCCACGUCACACAGCAAUGACACUGACAUAAAUGGCUCUUGAGGGCAAGGACUGGCAGGGCCUGGCUACAGAUAUGGGGACUCACGUUGAGGUGGCACUGCUCACCUGGAGCAGCACACUGGAGUCACCUGGGACCAGCCUCCUAGAAGUCCAGAUGCGCCCGCCUGCCAGAGAGCUCCGAGAUUUUUCAAAACUCCUAGGUCCAGUGGUUUUCAGCAACGGCGGGCACAUUAACAUCACCCGGGACCCUGAAAAGGCCGGUUGGCCCAGGCUGCCCUCGCCCAGACCAAUUCAUCAGAACCUCUUGGGGUGGGGCGGGGCUGGGAUGGGGAGCGGCAGCCGGGGUAUCAAUAUGUUUGAAAACUGCCUGAAUAACUCCAACGCUCAAGCAAGUCAAGGACCCCCACGGACUCAACACCGCGACCAGAUUGGAAAAGGUGUAAGUUGGUGCUUGUUCGCGUCCCUGUUUGAUUGGUUGGUCGACAACUUCUGCAUUUGCGAAGAGUGCGGCGUCCCUCGCUGUCUCAUGUAUGAGAUUUACGUGGAGACCUGUGGGCAAAACACUGAGAACCAAGUCAACCCGGCCACCUUUGGGAAGCUUGUGAGAUUGGUUUUUCCGGACCUUGGCACCUGGAGGCUGGGCACUAGAGGAAGUGCCAGGUAUCAUUAUGAUGGAAUCUGUAUCAAGAAAAGCUCUUUCUUCUAUGCCCAGUAUUGCUACCUGAUAGGUGAAAAAAGGUAUCACAGUGGAGAUGCCAUUGCCUUUGAAAAAUCUACUAAUUAUAACAGCAUUAUCCAACAAGAAGCAACAUGUGAAGAUCAUUCACCGAUGAAGACAGACCCAGUUGUCCCCUUGUCUGAAUUCAGGAGAUGUCCAUUUCUGGAGCAAGAACUGGCAAAGAAAUACUCCUGUAAUAUGAUGGCCUUCCUUGCUGACGAAUACUGCAACUAUUGUCGAGACAUUUUACGAAAUGUGAGGAACCGAGAACUUGAGAGGGGGGAGGACUUGCUUACUUCCUUCUGGAAGUCUCUGCAGCAAGACACAGUCAUGCUGAUGUCAUUGCCUGACGUGUGCCAGCUCUUUAAAUGCUACGAUGUCCAGCUGUACAAGGGAAUUGAGGAUGUUCUCCUUCAUGACUUCUUGGAAGAUGUUUCUAUUCAGUACCUGAAAUCUGUGCAGUUAUUUAGUAAGAAAUUUAAGCUGUGGCUCCUUAGUGCUUUGGAAGGUGUUCCAGCCCUCUUGCAGAUCUCCAAACUCAAAGAAGUUACUCUAUUUGUCAAAAGACUAAGAAGAAAGACGUACCUUUCCAACAUGGCUAAGACUAUGCGAAUGGUAUUGAAAAGUAAGAGGCGUGUCAGCGUUUUGAAGUCAGAUCUACAGGCCAUCAUCAAUCAAGGCACUUUGGCUACUUCUAAGAAAGCCCUGGCAAGUGACCGGAGUGGCGCAGAUGAACUGGAGAACAACCCAGAGAUGAAAUGUUUAAGAAACUUAAUUUCUUUGCUGGGAACAUCAACAGAUCUCAGGGUAUUCCUCAGCUGUCUGUCUUCACAUCUCCAAGCAUUUGUGUUCCAGCCAAGCAGAAGCAAAGAAGAGUUUACCAAAUUGGCCGCCAGCUUCUAGCUGAGAUGGAAUCUUCUUCUCACUGCUGUAAGCAAAGCCAUGACCCUCUGCCACAGAGACAGUUUUGGCUCCUGGCAUCUGUUUCACUUGUUGCUUUUGGAAUAUAUGAUUCAUAUACUUCAGUCAUGCCUAGAGGAGGAAGAGGAGGAGGAGGACAUGGGGAAUGUCAAGGAAAUGCUACCAGAUGACCCGACUCGCGGCCAGCCAGACCAGGCACUUUUCCACUCUCUGAAUUCCUCACUGUCGCAGGCGUGUGCCAGCCCCAGCAUGGAGCCACUGGGGGUGAUGCCCACACACAUGGGCCAGGGCCGAUAUCCCGUGGGUGUGAGCAACAUGGUCCUCAGGAUCCUGGGCUUCCUGGUGGACACUGCCACGGGCAAUAAGCUCAUCCAGGUGCUGUUGGAAGAUGAAACCACUGAAAGCGCAGUUAAACUCAGCCUUCCUAUGGGACAAGAAGCCCUCAUAACCCUAAAAGAUGGACAACAAUUUGUGAUUCAGAUAUCAGAUGUACCCCAAAGCUCUGAAGAUAUUUAUUUCAGAGAAAACAAUGCUAAUGUGUGAGAUUACUUAUUUGAAUAGAGAAUAAGAAAACUGAUAGACUUGCAUUCUUAAAAAUAUUAAAUACUAAAGUUUUUCUAUUGACGAAAGAUGAUGUUAUGUAUAUAAUAGAUGUAGCAUUGUCUAUUUUAUGUUUAUAUGUAUUUCAAGGAGGUGGUUUCGAUAAAAUAUGUAAACUGAUUUGGAGAAUAAUUUUUGCCUCUGUUGCUUUUCUUUUGGGGCUGUCUGAGUAUUUCUAUUUUGAGACAUGGCAGAAAAGAAAUUUGAGAAUGCUU